ACGGUUCGGCUCGCCCAUGUCAUGCGGGUUUCCUGCGUUAUGCCCUAGUCGGCGGUGGAGCCCGACUGCCGGCGGGGCAGCCUACGAGUACCCAGGACCCUAGCAGUGUGGUACAAUAUAUAUGAUACUGUAUUAUCAUACAAGCACAGUAUGAUGCGGUAUCAUAUCAAACUCGAGCACAAAAAGCCAAACAGAACCCCACUUCAAAGCCACCCCCCGGCCCCCGACCCACCGCACUUGGUCAUUCCCUUAGAACCGUUUCUAUUAUUUUCAUAUCACACCUACCCAUAGGGAACAUACCAUUAACCAUAAUCUUAAAGAACAGUUUCUAAGCACCAUGGUCGAACGCAGCAAGAAGCCGGUUCCAAUUCCAGUGAGCCCUACUAGGGCAGAAAACCAGGGAUUCGUUUCCGAGAGCGAUAGGGUCAAGGUACCUCUCCAAUCCUCUCUCGUGCCGCCCUCUCACCCGCAAUGAGGAUGGUAUUCCGAAAUUAAUGUCGACACUAGUUAUCUCUGCCCACCGGGGAAUCCGUCGAGAUCUUGCUACACGGUGCUACGGUAAUUUCCUGGGUGGUCGACGGGCAGGAAAAGCUGUUUCUUAGCGAAAAGGCAACCCUCGGUAAGCGGUUUCCCCGCAAUUGAUGGAUGACUUAUAAAAUCGAAUGGUGGGACGGGGUGGGAUGAGAUGAGAUGGCUAACGAGUAGCGGUUCUGCAGAUGGAUCGAAGCCGGGUAUGUCGUUACUUCCUUUCACUUUUAUUGUUCCUGUCCUCAUGCUGACUCCCCUUGUGGUUACUAGUAAGAGGUGGGAUUCCAUUAGUUUUCCCGGUACGCAUGCUUCAUACACUCGCCUCCGUGAAAUGUAUAUGAGCGAAGCUAACUGGAAUACGCUAUUCUAGGUGUUCGGAAAACCCACGGAAGGGCCCGUCGCUGCCCUCCCACAGCACGGAUUCGCGAGACUCUGCAAGGUCAGCAUCAUUAUUCCUCCCCUCCUUCGACAGCGCUAACAUCAUGAACAGUGGGAACUGCUCGGCCGGACCAGUGAAACCGAUACCUCAAUCCAGGUUGACUUUGGCCUCGGUCCGGAGAACCUUACCGCCGACCAGCGCGAGCAAUGGCCCUACAUCUUUGGCCUGAUUUACUCCGUGAACCUGAGCAAGAACAGUCUCGAGACAAAAAUGCUCGUCAGAAAUGAGGGAUUCAAGACGUUUGACUUUAACCUUUUGUUCCACACAUAUCUUCGUAUUCCCGUAUUCCCCCCCGGCUUGAUAUUCAUAGUGAUGGUAUUGGCGGCGUUUGUAUUGGGGCUAAUGGGGACAGGAUGUAAACAAUCUCACGGUCGAAGGUCUCAAGGGCACCAACUAUAAAUGCAAAGUGACACAAUCUGAAGCCGUUGAAGAGGCGGUUGAGCUCCCCAUCAACUCUGAGGUUGAUCGUGUAUAUGCGAACGUCCCCGGCACCGUCCAAGUGAAGGACAGAGGCCAAGCGAUCUUCAAAAUCGACAGGACCAACCUGGAAGAUGUAGUUGUCUGGAAUCCCUGGGAUGGAGCGAGAAAGAUGGCGGACUUUGGGCCCGAGGAUGGAUAUAAGGACAUGAGUAAGCGCCCCACUGCUCUGCUUUCAAGAAUAAGAGUGCUGAUGCCAUUGGGGCUAUUAGUCUGCAUUGAGGCGGGAGCUGUAUCUAAAUGGCACACUCUCGAGCCAGAGAGCAUCUGGGAAGGGAGCACUAUUAUCAAUCUUUGACUGGCGGUAGAGUCUGGUGAUGCGCCAGGGGGUGGGAUUAUUGGGGGAGGGCAAGAUCUAGGCUGUGAAGUAAGUCCCUAGUUGGCUAUAUAGUACUCCAUGACCAUUUCAGUUAUGACAUGAGAGAAUAUG